CGGAAAAAAGUAAAAUGUUUUAGUAUCUCGAGAAGAUAUUAAGAGUUCUAAGCAUCAUGAAGGUUUUGACGACUGUUUUCCUUUUGUUUGCCGUGUUGAUGACAUUCGCUGUUGAGGCUGAUGCUGGAAGUUUUAAUUUAUCCCUCUCUCUGGAUCCGGGUUUUACGAUCGGGCGCGGUCGAACCAACCGAAGACAUAGGAUGAAUGUGCGUCAUGAAGAAGCAUCAGAUGAUGGCGAAGUAGCUACCGAAUCGUCUAAUCCAGAAGAAGUCCAUAACUUCGAAGUACCUGAAGCGUUCACCAAUGAAGCUGGAGAAGUUGAGGGAAAUGAUGACCGUCCCUCCCGCCAUCAAAAGUCUCAUCGUCGCUCCCAGAAACAUUAAGUAAACGGUUGAAAUGUUGAAAAUCAAUUAUUUUAAAUAAACAGUACCGAUUUGUGUUUGAGUUUUAAA